AUGUGGCUGGAGAACAAUAUGCUUAUGGCUCUUGCGGGGCUCUACACAGCACAUGCACUCAGCAUCCCAAAAAAAUACAAGGCCGAUGUUAAAAACAUUGGAACUCAGGAACAUAUCUUUCCGUACCUAGCUGGCUCAGGACCAUAUUUUUCAUAUCCUAACGAUUACGGAAUUUCUGCAGACACACCUAGCGGAUGUGAAAUUUCCCAAAUCCAGCUUCUUGCUAGACAUGGCGAAAGAUACCCCUCCAAGAGCAAAGGCAAGAAGCUUUUAAAAACCUGGAACACGCUUCAACAUUUCCCAUACCAAUUCAAUGGGUCGCUGUCUUUCAUCGACGAUGACUACGAGUUCUUCAUCCAGGACCUGGACAACCUGGAGAUGGAAACUACUACAGAAAACUCUGUAAACGCCAUCAAUCCCUACACGGGUGAAAUGGACGCCAAGAAACACGCCCAAGAGUUUCUUGCACAGUACGCAGAUUUUUUGGAAGACAAUCGUGAGUUUGCCGUCUUUGCAGCCAGUUCCCAAAGAGUGCAUGACACCGCUCAAUUUUUCAUCGACAGCCUGGGAGAUAAGUUCAACAUCUCACUGCAAGUGGUCAGCGAAGAACCCAGUGCCGGUGCCAAUACCCUGUCUCCCGGCUACUCUUGUCCCGCCUGGAAUCCUGAUGAGUACGAAGACAUAAUUGGUAGCUACUCGACGACAUAUCUGAAGGCAAUUGCUGAGCGGCUCAACCGCGAAAACUCCGGUUUAAACUUAACUGUAACAGACGCUUACAAUUUGUUUGAUUGGUGUGCUUUUGAGCUUAAUGCACGCGGAUACAGUGAAAUUUGUGAUGUUUUUAGUCCAGAGGAGCUCAUCCACUACUCCUACUAUGACGAUCUAACAGCCUACUAUGAGGACGGUCCGGGAUACCCCUUGAUUCAGGCGGUCGGUGCGCUGUAUUUCAAUGCUUCAAUCAAGCUACUCCAACAAAGCGAACAACUCGACCAGAAAGUUUGGUUGAGCUUUACUCACGAUACGGAUAUUCUCAACUACUUGACUACGGUCGGUCUAUUUGACGACGAGAAAAAACUGGAUCCUUCUUACAUCCCAUUCAGAAACCAUGUUUUCCACAAGUCUUGGUUCAUCCCCCAAGGUGCCAGAGUUUACACCCAGAAAUACCGUUGCAGCAACGAAUCCUACAUCAGAUAUGUGGUCAAUGAUGCGGUCAUCCCUCUGGAAAACUGCUCAGAUGGUCCUGGUUUUUCGUGUGAAGCUAACAAAUUCUACAAGUAUGCCGAAAACAGAACUGCUAACCAGGACUUUUACCAAUCCUGCAACGUGUCAAGUGUCAGCAACAUCACGGAAUUAACAUUUUUCUGGGACUGGAAUACCACCCACUACAACGCGACGUUGUUAAAGGAAUAG